AUGUCUACAUUUGAAAAUACAUCCAACUCUUCUACUAAUAUAUCUGGUCAGUCAAAGAAGAGUGUAUCCUCACCGACAUCAUCUGCUGAUCAAUCUCUUCGUGUUGGUACAACCACAGCAAGUAAAUCACAACAUGAAGAGUUUGUCCAACAUCCACCACAUGUACAACAAAGUUAUUCUUCAACCACAUCUGUAGCAUCACACCAUGAAGCCAUGUCUACCAAUAAUACACAUGCAUAUAAAAGCAUGUCUCCUUCCUAUGCAAGUCCAGUCCAUCAUGUUGGUCCUAUUGCCACUAGUACUAUUACUACUAACUAUCAAAAUAGCUCCACAACCGAUAGUUCUCAACAAGGAGCAAUAAGCAACCAUCGUUUAUCCAAUCAUAGAAACUCUCCGCCAACAAGUGCAUCCUUCAUUUCCAGAGGCCAAACUUUUGUCCAACAAGAAAAUGAAUCAAACCACUUUAAUAACAACACAACAAAAACAUCCAACAACCAACACGUUCCUUCUUCAUAUCCAUUGCAUCAUCAACAUUCUAGCAUGGUGAAUGGUAACAGUGUUGGUGGAAACGGUACUACGACAAAUCAUUCUAACAACAAUAUGGCAAGCAUUCAUCACCACGAUCAAGACAAGAUUGCAUAUCAUUCAAAUCAAAGUAUGAAUAGUACUAAUGCAUCAUACAGUAUGAACACUAAUUCAUUUGAUAACAUGGGUUCGAGAUCAAUUUCACAUUCAUCAAAUAAUGCAUCUAUACAUGAUAAAAAUCUAUUACCUUCUCUUCAUAUAUUGAUGGAUCCUCCUACUUCAACCUCACCAAGUAAUCCAAUUCCACAUAGUAAUAACUCUCGUGUCUAUGCACCUCCUAGCAGUAAUCCUAAUAAUGGUCACAUGCGUCAAUCUUCAUCAAAUAAUUUACAACAAUCAAAUUAUAAUAUGAAUCAUCAACCCCCAAUCACACCAAUUCCUUAUUCACAACAUGUGAAUGAUUAUCCUCCAACUAAUCAUGUUCCUCCUCCAUACAUUAACAAGGCUUCACAUCACAUAGACAUGUUUUCAAAUCCACCAAAUAAUAAUAUCAUUAAAUCCUCACCAUCAUCAUCUAACAUGGAUACAAUGUAUGCACCUCGUCCUAUCAGGAGUAGGAGUAAUACAAGUGGUCCUAAUAAUGCAUCAUUUAAUUCUCCUCAAUCAUCCUCUGUUAAUAAUCAUCAUCAAAAUACUGACAGUACUGUUUACUCAUUUGAACAACCAGCCAAAAUUAAAAAGAAGAAAGCCCUUCCUUCUUCUAACGACGAUUCGAAUGAUGCAGAUAAAAAGAAUUGGAAAAAGAAGAGAUUAUUUAGUAUUGAUGAAGUGACAGAUCUUGUUGCAUUUGUAAAACAACGUUCCGAGAAUCAAGAAUUAACACGUGAUGUUAAUUAUGCUAUAUUUAAGGAAUAUGAGAAAUUACAAGAUGAAAGAAGAAGAGCAAGUGUUUAUAGAAAGAAAUAUGUGCAAUUAUUUGAAAGACAUUUGAUUUCAAAAGACGGCACAAUUGACCCUUCACUCUUCCAAGAAUAUGAUCAAAGAACAUCUUCUACUUCUAAAUCUAAAGGCUCACAUCCAGAAGAUGCUCAAGAAAAGAGAAAAUUCUCUGAUGUUGAAGAGGAUUCUAGCUCUGAGGGAAGUAAUAUUGAAGAAGAAAAGAAAACAAAAAAGCUUAAGAGAGAAUACUCUGAUGAGGAAGAUGAAGAAAUAGAGAAUGCAUCCCCAUCUGAGGAAAAGAAAAAGAAUAUGAAUAUUUGUGUAUCAUAUAAGGGAAAGAAUUAUUUACAUUCUAUAGAGAAGCAAAUUCUCCAAAAUUCAGAUUCAAUCCACAAUUAUUUCAACCAAUUGGCAGUCUCUUCAUUGUGUUACAACAGCGAUACAGAACUCAUUAGAAGCGAGUCUAUUGAAUACUUUGACUAUUCAUUUGGUGAAUUCAUUCAAAUCAAUUCAUUUUCCAUUACUAGGGUUCUCAAAAGCAGUCCUGUAAAAUUGAGAAUAAACUAAAAUUGUAUCCUAA